UUUCAAAAGAAAGCUUCCAAUUAAAAUAAAUAGUUUGGUGCUGAGUUAUACUAUUCGAUACAAUUGCACAUAACAAACAAAUAACUCCAUACUUAUCAUCUAUUGGAAAUGUCUGAAGGUAAAACCUGUUGUGGCGGUGCCUGUGUGAGCAAGUCAGGCUAUGAUUUGCUGACUUGGAAAGACCCAUCGGUGUCCGGCAAAGUGUUCGGAUCUUUGGUGGGAUCCCUUCUUUUGCUGAAGUCGGUCAAUUUGCUCAGCAUCGUCUUCUAUAUUUCCGCUUUUGUUUUGGCAGUUUCCGCACUGGGCGAGUACGCCGGUAAGCUGGCCACUGGACAAGGUUUUGUCACGAGAUUCAGGCCAGAAUACAGGAACGUGAUUGGCCGGUACGCUGAGGAAUACGCCAGCCACGCGGCCAACCUCAUCAAAAAUGCCGAGCUCAAAUUGCAGGAGAUCGUCUACUCGAAGAACAUUGAGUCCACUCUGAAGGUCGCAGGUGUCGCCUACGUCCUUUACAAGCUGACCUCCUGGUUCACCCUCUGGACUCUGCUCUUCACGGCCACUCUGACCGCAUUUUCCGUUCCUCCUCUUUACUUGAAGAACCAAAAACAGAUCGAUGAUGCUAUCGUCACCUACACAAAGGUUGCCAAGGAUAAGCUGGCCGAGCUGCUUCAAUUGGUUAAGGAGAAGACCGGCCCAGCAUUGGAGAACGCCGAGAAGAAGCUGGGUCCAGUCGGCAGCUUCAUUAGAGCCAAGGUUCCGGUCAGAACUGCAGGAUCUACUGUUGGUGACAUUCCGGCUGCAGACGGCACGGCAUCCAAAGCCCAAUCGGCUCCAUCCGUUCCUUCUGCUGCUCCUUCCGCCUCCACCGAGACUGGUAACGACGCCAUCACCAAUCCAUUGGCUGACGUGAAGAAACAGGCAGAGGCUGCUUUGUAAGAGAAAUGAUAUGAGCAAGCUGUCUGUAAGUUAUCCGCAAUUGUCUAUGCUCUCGUUUGAGGAUUUGCUUUGUAAUUGAAUCACACCUUUCAUUUAAAAUGUCAAUUUUUUAAAUAUCAUACUUUAACUUAGUACACCUCACAUGAUGAUACAGCACCCCCCAGAACCGUCCUUUUUGUGCUUCGAUUCACUACCAGUGCCAGCACCGGAGACAUGAGAAGAGUCAUUGGCUCCGGCAGCCUUGACGGUGGACCCAUUGACUCCAGUUCCCGUACCUGUGGCAGGGUUUUCAGAAGUCGCCGAGCGAGCCUCUUUCUUGCCUUUUUUGUUACCUGUGGCCUGUUUUUGUCUUUCUUUGGCUUCCUCCGAAGGGUCGGGAAAUGUGGUGCCCACUAGGCCCGCGUGUUUGUAGCCAUUAUUUAUGAUAAUUUUGACCAAAUUAUGGAAUGCUUCUGUCACAUUUAAGCCUGUCUUGGCCGAAGUCUCAAUGUAAGCACAGCCCAUUCUCGAUGCAAGCGUGACUGCUUCGUCCUUAGACACCUGUCUUUCGUCCACGAGAUCAGAUUUGUUUCCUACCAGAAUCAAGGGAGGAAAUGCAACCUGUUCGCCCUUGACUCUCAUUAUCUGGUUGUAAAACGAGCUGAUUUCCUCAAAAGUCUUGCGGUCCGUCAAACUAAACACCAGAAGAAACCCUUCCCCCGUUUUCAUGUACAGGUCUCUCAUGGAAGAGUACUCCUCCUGCCCUGCAGUAUCCAGGAUGUCUAGAGAGGAAGGAACGCCGUUGAUUUCACAGUAAUGUCUGUAGGAAUCCUCAAUUGUAGGGUCGUAUUCGUUCGCAAACUCCGAUUGGGUCAGUCUUAUCGUCAAUGCAGACUUUCCCACCACUGGUGGGCCGACAACAACAAGCCUGUAUUCUUUGGAUGCUGGUGUCAUUUAUGUGAUGAUGCUUGCGAGGACAAAAUAGCAAACCAGUUUGGCACUCGAAUAUUCUGUUAGGAAGUAAUAAUCAGUCUUUUUUUUUUUUUUAGGGAUCGAGGAAGACCAAGUCUUAAUAAUGAAUUAAUUGGCUUUUGAACUUCUCAAUAGCGCUAGAAUAGCUUGCUUGCCACUUCUCAGAUCUUAUAUAUGCCAAUUG